GAUUCCGCGAGCAACUUUUCUUCCACCUCGUGUUCUCCUCCUCCUCCUCGCCUUUUUUUUUUCCGCGCUCUCUCUUUCUUUGGGGACGCCGCCGCCCGCCCGCUUGCAGCCAGCCUUUUGCACUCGUGGGGAUAUUGUGAUCCUGGUUACUACGAUCCCCACUAACUUUCUCUCCCUUUUGGAAAGCAUCUCUCAACUUCGGGGGAGGAUUUAAAGGAAACACCAGCAGAAUCGCUUCUUGGAAAGUUAUUAACUUCCAACACGUCCCGUAUUAUUAAUAAUCAAGGAGAAAACAGAAUGUUUUUUUAAGGGAUUCCGUACAGCUCCGGACGUUUUUUUUGGGGGAAAAAAAAAGAAAUCGUCUCCCACCCUCUCGUCAAUUGCUCCACUGGGUUUUUACAUUUCUGUGGCGGUUCUGCAUCUGUGGAAUGGAUCCUGGUCAAUUCUUUCCUUCCUUCCUUAUUAUUUUUCCCUCAACCUCUGAGAUGAAUUGCGCUCCCGGGCUAACAAAUCUUCCGAAAAGGAUUUCGGUGGGUUUUCUGUAGUUCUUUGCGCGAAAAGAAAACAAACAAACAAAAAAAUCUGUCAAUUCGUCUUUCCUGGCUGUCAGGAAGGAUCAUAACUCGUAAAAGGGGAAGGGGCUGACUUCGGGUUGCCCUACGGGGGGGGAGGGAGAGAGAGGAAAUAAAAAGGAAAGCAAAAAAAAAAAAAAAAUCCGAUCUGGAGCUGGUCGAGCGACUCCCUCCACUCAUGUCAGCGUGAGAAAGCCGCGAUCUCCGGUUGAGAAAAGAGCAGCGAGCGCGAGGAGGCGUCAGGCCCGUCGGGAUGGGGGACACGGCGCCCCCUCAAGCCCUGGGUCUCCUUGGAGGAGGAGGAGGAGGAGGCGCGAUGGCGGCAGCGGCGGCGCCCCCGCGGGUGCACAGCGCGAUCGUGGAGAGGCUCCGGGCGCGCAUCGCCGUUUGCCGCCAGCACCACUUGACCUGCGAAGGGCGCUACGAGCGGGGCAGGGCCGAGAGCUCGGAUCGCGAGCGAGAGAACACCUUGCAGCUUCUCAACCUUGUGCAGCACGGCCAGGCGGCCCGGAAGGGAAGCAAGCACAGCAAGGCGGCGGCGGCGGCAGCAGGGACCGCCGGAGGCAGCAGCGCCGCCGCGGCUUCUGCUAACGCCGCAGCGCCCCCUGCGGCCGACUACUAUCCCCAGCAGCUGAUCAGCAACGGGAGUGCUGGGGUUAGGAAUGGGAUCAACGGGGAGCAGCCCAGCGCCGUCGCUGGGGGCGAGCCCAGGAAUCCAGCCCUGAUUGCGCUCCAGGGUUCCUUGAAGAGAAAACUGGUGGUAAAUCUGACACCAGGCAAUAACAAGAGAUCAAAUGGCAUUGCUGACAAUACUUUCCUGGAUAUUAAGCGAAUCCGAGGUGGUGAUAAUAACCUUUCCAUGGGACGUGGUCAGUGUGGUAACAAUUGCCCAAACCAGUCAGUGUUGGGAUCAUUCUCAGUUGGACAAGGUGCUCCAAGGAAAAUGGACAGCUCAACCAACAACAGUCAUUCUGGGGCAAACGGGAUGUUUAACAUGACCCUAAAAGAGGUCAAAAAGGAACCCGGGGAGACAAUUUCUUGUAGUAAGCAUAUGGAUGGUCCGACAUCCCAGAACAGUGUUUUUCCUAACAGAUAUGGAGAAGACACGGCGGAACAGUUGAUGGACCCAGAACUUCAGGAGCUAUUCAAUGAACUGAGUAAUAUUUCUGUGCCCCCCAUGAGUGAUCUUGAAUUAGAGAACAUGAUAAAUGCCACCAUCAAGCAAGAUGAACCAUUUAACAUUGACAUUGGUCACCAGAUCCAGAGAGGAACCCCUGCCCAAUCCUCUUCCUUGCAGAUAGACAAAAUGGUGAUCAAACAAGAGUAUUCACCGGGAUUGAACCAGGCUUCGGUGGGAUCACCUCAGAUGAGGCCUCCUUCUACAGACUCAGCUUUCACUAUAUCUGGUGCUGCUAUGUCCACCUCAUCUCCCAUUCCUUCAGUACCUCAGACUCAGACUCCUCCCUCUCAAGGGACAUCAGUUCCCCCUCGGCCAUUGGCCAAUUGGCAAGAAGUUUCUCAUGCCCAGCAAUUGAAACAAAUAGCAGCAAACAGGCAACAGCAUGCUCUGAUUCAGCAGUGCCAGCAAAGUCAAUCGGCAACAUCCUGGCCUGGUUUGUCAUCUACAGAACCACCUUCUGGGUCGUUUGUGCAGGAGAAGAUGUCUAGUCCAUCUUUCCACCAGCAACAACAGUUCAGUCCACAAGGUCCCGCAAUAUCUGGUAUCCCAGUCAAUGGGACUCCAUCCAAAGGAAUGAACAGUUACACCUACCGGCCAAACUCCAUGCCCCAGGGAAGUUCUGUCAACAUGGUAAUGCCCCGAAAGUCUCAAGACAUCCCCAGAAAUUAUCUAAACAACAAUCAGGUGUCACUGGAGGAACCUCAGAACAGUAUCAAGCCUUUGUUUCAUUUCAGCUCAGAACAAGCCAACAAGCAGAUGUCUUCUGGUUUGGGAGCCCCACAUAAACCUUCUCUUGUCCACUAUGCACAGCAGCCACCCCAACAGCUGUCUAACUCAGCGGUUCAACCACAAACUUCGCAGCAGCAGCAGCCACAUUCUGCACAAUCUCUCCAAACUCAGCAUCUCCAAAGGCCCCCCAACGUAUCCUUAGCUUUACAGCAAAAGAUCAUGCUCCAGAAAAUGCUCCAAAAUCAGCCUGCUUCAGGACUACAGUACAUGGGCCCGCAGAAUCAGCUGAAUCAACAUACUGUCUUGGGUCAAAGUGGAGGCACCAAUCCAGGAUCUGCCUCAUGCACAAAUGCAAACACUGGAACCAGCUACAUCAGCUCAUCACCACAAACAUUGCUGAAUCAGCAGCUGAAACAACAGUUCCUCCUUCAGCAGCAGCAGCAGCAACAGCAAAUACUAACAGAAGCAGAGAAAGCAACCUCUCAAGAUCAACUGAAUAGACACCUUACAAGACCACCACCAGAUUAUAAGGACCAAAGAAGGGGCCAGGUCAACGUGCAGCAAACACACCAAUAUUCUGGUGGAUCACCGGCUGUGAGCAUCAAUUCCAAUCUGUGUUUCUCCAAUCCCAUUUCCACUUCAAACAUUUUGUCACAGCAAUCAAAUCUCUUAUCCACGGCUCAUGGCCUCAGAAUGACUUCUCUUCCAGCAGGGCACCACGUCAGCUGCUACGGGAACAUUCCCUGCAGUCAACCAAAUGCAUAUAACGUGGCAACUCCAGGAGUGAGCCAGGUUGCCCAGCAUAGAAAUCUAAACCCAAUUGUAACCAGUCAAAACAACCCUGCAGCAUCUCGGCCGACACCUCCAGGGCAAGGCAAUAACAUGCCGACCUUUGACAAUGGCUUGGGAAUUAACUCCCAGCAAGGGAAACUCAGCUUGAACCAAGGGACUUCAGCCCAAAGAGCUUCAAAUGUGAUGGUCAGUUCAAAUGCUGCAGCUCAGAACUGGGUUUCUUCGGAAGCAGGGUCCAAGCAACAGGAAACCCAGAGGGCUUCGGGAUCCCCUUUCUCGUCUGGAAGCUCCUAUACAAAUCAGCAACUACAGCGCGCAGCUGCCCUCCAGCAAUUUCCUCAGCGUGCCAUGGUGCCUCCUAAUCAACUGGGCACUAUCCAGAUGAGAACCCCUACGAGCCAAAUGAACCAAAGUCUAAAUGGACAAGUGGGCGGGGCAUCCAAACCCCAGAGUGCAAUGCCAACUCAAUUGCAGGGAGAGGUUGUGGCCCACUUAAAUCCACCCAGGGUGGGGAUGACACAACCCCACCCCUUGUCAUCGAACCAGUUCUCAUCAAGUGCUACUCAAAUGUCCAGCAGGGUUUUUCAAGGAACAGAUCAUGCCAGUGAUCUAGCAUUUGAUUUUCUGAACCAGCAAGCAGAUAACAUUGGGCCUGCACUCAAUAGUGACCCAGACUUCAUUGAUUCUUUGUUGAAAACAGAGCCUAGUAAUGAUGAUUGGAUGAAAGACAUCAACCUCGAUGAGAUAUUAGGAGGCCAUUCCUGAGGCAGCUAACAAUUAUGAACUCCUGGUGUUUUUUUAAGGCUAAAAAGUCAGGAUAUCAGUCUUCAGUUUGUAGAAGACAAAGGUCGGGGGGGGGGGGAAGCAAAAGAGUGAGUUGCUGGAUCCAACCUUAAAAGUAUAUUAAUGCAACCAUGCUUCCAUAACUUGUUCCAUUAUCAAGUAUGCUAAAGAUGGUAAGUCUGGAUCCAUUGUUUCCAAAUAUAGGGGAUUCUGAAUGAUAAAGGAACUCUAAGAAAUGGGUGUUUAUCAUCCAAACAAAUCCUAAAUAUGUAAGCUAAUAUUUACAUCUGUUACAUAAAGGAGAGACCUAGGAAUAUGCACUGCAUCAAAAAUAUACUGCUGACAUCCGCUAAUGAUUUUCACAUGUAUGUGUGUACAAAUAGAAAUCUGGCUGGGAAAAAAUAAGCAGAAAACAAGAAAACAACACACAACUCAGAAAGCUUAGCAAGAAUCUUCCCUAACAUUGCGCAUUCUAAUAUGUUUUAUUAGAAUCCUUAUCGUUUUCAUUCAGUGAGAACGAGACAUUACAUUAUGGUAAUUCAGAACAUCUGGAGUAUAUCAAAUUUAGGGACGCAGGUUAGCAAUUCAUAGAGGGAACCAGUGGGCCAUGAAAGAAAAGCUUAUUGAUAGAACCCCUAUAUACAAGCCAAACAUCCCAGGUUCUAUAAGCGAUUUAGUCUGGGAUGAAAAAGAGCAAUCCCACAAUUCUGAAGGUCCAAUGGCGCACAUGGCAGCUCCUUAAAUCUCUACUGUAAAGUUCCUAAUACUUCUUAAAACUGCAGUUUUCUGUCCACUUUCCUGGAAAUAAAUCUACAGAUGGGAUAAAUAAACCUAUAGAUGGGAUAAACAGGCAGUAAACAGAUAGCUUGCCCUGUGAGUGGUUUGGCUUCCAACUCAUUUCCUUCCUAAAACCCCUCCUUAUGGGAGAAUCUGUGCAGAGUAUGAAGUAUCAGACUCAAGAGUAUUAGAAGUUUUCUAUUCGAAAUCUGUCUAGUGGUUUUAAAUAGGAAUAACCAGCUUGUCCAGCCUGUUACGACUUCUGCAGAUGACCCAUUUCACAAGCUUCCUUCUCCUCUCUAUAGCUUUCAUACCUCCUAGAGUGGGUUUCUUCUUCCGUCCUCUUUAUCCCUUUAAUUAGGUAUUGGAGAGUAGAUUGAAUUUUGGAUGCUAAUGGAAUCCCAUGUGCCCUAGAAUGCAGAUGAUAUCAAAACGAUCCAGUUUUAUCUUACAUGUCAUUAACAUAUUAUGAAUAAGAAUGAGGAUCCGUGAGGUAGGGAUCCCUGCAAGCAUCGGCUGAAAGGAUAUCUAAUGGUAGAUCCGUCAAACAUGGUGGUUUAAUUAUUUGAGCACACAUUGCAACCAGCCACCAUCUUUUUUUUUGUUGUUGUUAGUUGCGAAGUCGUGUCCGACCCCUCACGACCGCAUGGACAACAUUCCUCCAGGCCUUCCUGUCCUCUACCAUCUUCUGGAGUCCCUUUAAGCUCACACCUA